UAUUUAUAUGGAAGCGCGCGUCUUGGAUUGAAUUCUCAGGUAAACGGGGUUCUGCAACGUGGGGAUAAAGAGAAAGGAGAGACUUUUGACACUACAUUUUAAAUGAUGAAUACUGACUUGAGAAAUCGUAUGGAUGUUCGUGGCACAGCUGGGACAGUUAAAAGCUUUACAAAGGGAGUCGGUGGUGCCCCAAUUCCUAGAAAGACCUUGCAAAUGAUCCAGCCGUCUGCCACAACAGGAAAUCUAGUUGGGAGAAAUGAGGAGGUUAAGCCAUUUCCAAAAAGAAAGCUUUGGGCUGCAGAAAACUCUAGAAGUUCAAAAAGAUCUAAAGCUGAAAUUCCUUCUGUUCCAUCUGGUACUGAAGACCAAGUCAUGACCGAUGAGGCUUAUGAACUUAUGGUUAAAGAAACCCCAACAGCUGCAUACUGGAAAGAAGUGGCAGAAGAGAGGAGGAAAGCCUUAUUUAAAACUUUGCAAGAAAAUGAAAAGUUACAUAAAGAAAUAGAGUCAAAAAAUGAGACCAUAUUGCAUUUAAAGCAAGAAAAUGAAGAGCUGCUAGAACUUGCUCAACAUGUACAGUACAUGACCAGUCUCAUUGAGAGAUUAACUGGGAAAAGUCCAGAGAACUUGGAAGCGGUGCAAGAUCUUGUUUUGGAGGAGCCAGAAAAUGUAGACACAAUUUUAACUGAUGCUGAAUUUGUUCAUGAGGAUGCUUGUGAUGAAAACUGUUAAAGCAAUUUUUAUUGAAGUUUGUUUUAGGUUUUUAAUUCCCUAACAGCCCUUCAGAUUUUUUUUUUUUUUCUUCCCCUUUACGUGAAAGGCUAAACUGUGUAGUAGUUAUGUUGCAGCUAGGCUGCUGCUCAGUUUUUAAUGGACUUUUAGUGCAGUUUUAAUGCACAUUUUGCCUAACGUUUUGUAUAUAAGUUUUUAUCUGUACCUACUCCGUAAUAAAUGUCACAAACCA